GUCAAAAGUGAAUUCAAGUGUAAAUAUUUACUUUUUAAAUAUUUAUUUUGAAAGAAAUUUAUAAAUUUACUGAACUAUCUGCAAUCACAAAGAUAUAUUUUCAUUAAAGAAGACACAAGAGUUGAAAAAUGUCUUCACCACGCCCGAAAUCGCCUCGCACUCCUGUUUUACCUAAAAAGGAAGACAAGGAAGAAUCUAUUUGGGAUAAACUUGGUACAAUUGGACGUAAAAAACGUAUUAAGGAAGUGCAAGAGGUUCAAGCAGAAGGCAAGCAUGCUAUUGAUUCACCCGGCAGUCCAACUGCGCCAGAAAUACCUCCAGAGGAAUACAGCUUGCUUGACAAUGAAGAAAGAGCAAUCAUAGAACCCAAGUCUUUAGAAGAUCCAAGGGUCAAGGAAUUGAUCCAGGUGCUUAUAGAUUGGAUCAAUGAUGAACUUGCCAUGCAAAGGAUUAUUGUUAAAGAAAUUGGUGAGGAUCUAUAUGAUGGUCAAGUUCUACAAAAACUGUUAGAAAAAUUGACAGUAACCAAACUUGAUGUACCAGAGGUAACACAAUCAGAAGAGGGACAGAGACAAAAGUUAGCUAUUGUUCUAAGAGCUGUAAAUAAGGUGCUGUUUGGAUCUACAAAACCCGCCCAGAAGUGGAGUGUAGAUUCCAUACAUUCAAAGAGUGUUGUAUCCAUUUUGCACUUACUAGUUGCAUUGGCUCGUCAUUUCCGGGCUCCUGUUCGACUUCCAGAGAAUGUAAAAGUUGCAGUGCUUGUUGUUAAAAAGGAAACCAGCCCAGGAAUGCAGCUUUCUCAUAGAAGUUUUAUGGAGGACAUCACAACCACAUAUGAUGAUUUGGGUAUGAAAUGUGAAAGAGAUGCAUUUGAUGCUUUGUUUGAUCAUGCACCUGAAAAAUUACAAGUUGUCAAAAAGUCCCUCAUAACUUUUGUUAACAAACAUCUAAGCAAGGUAUAUCUGGAAGUGACAGAUUUAGAUACUCAGUUCCAUGACGGUGUUUACCUUUGCCUUCUGAUGGGUCUGUUGGAAGGGUUUUUUGUCCCACUUUAUGAUUUCCAUCUCACUCCACAAGAUUUUGAUCAAAAAGUGCACAAUGUUUCAUUUGCUUUUGAAUUGAUGCAGGAUGUGGGACUUGCGAAGCCUAAAGCUAGACCUGAAGAUAUUGUGAAUCUGGAUCUCAAGUCAACACUGCGAGUUCUUUACAAUCUGUUUACAAAAUACAAAAAUUUGCCAUAGGAAUUUAUUUCCACAUGAGUUUUUACUUUACUUAGGUAGUUACUUUUUAAAUAACAAAACAUAUUAUUAAUUUAAUUGUAUUCAAAUAAUUUUAACUAAUUGUGCCUUAUACUUAAAUAAUAUAA